AUGGACGCCUCUACACAUUCCCCAGAGUCUCUUGAUACAGAUCCAGACCUGUAUCUGACCGUCCGUUUCUCCGCCUCCAUCCCCGACGUCCAACUCGAAAUCGCCAGCCCAUCCACCACCACAGCCGCGGGCCUCAAACAGCUGAUCAGACAGAAGCUACCUCGAGAUUUGUCGAAUCAUAGGCUUCGGCUCAUAUACUCUGGCAGGGGUCUCGAAGAUGCCGUUUCGCUGACAACGUCCCUGAAACUGUCCCCAUCGCCACGAACGGGCACGCCGUUAUCUGCGAGAAUCGACAUCCCCGAGACGGCAGGCGAGGAUGCUUCAAAAGGAAAGGGCAAGGAGGUUGUGCGAAAUGCCUCGCUACUUAAUACACCGCGUCUCUACGUGCACUGCUCUAUCGGCGAUAUCAUUCUGUCGCCAUCCGAUCUUGCUACAGAAGCGGCCUUAGCAUCAACCCUAACCCAAGAUGGCGGCGAUUCUACCGCAGAGAGCAGCAGCAGCACAGGCGGCCAGAAACUGCAACCAAAUGAAGAACGGGCGGCGACGAUAACCCCAGCUCCGCGAGGGUUUGAUCGGUUGCUAGCCGCGGGCUUUACUCCCAGUGAAGUGUCGGCUUUGAGAUCGCAGUUCCUCGCUUUGCAGUCUGUGUCUCAUACCCCGGAUACCAUGCCAUCAGGCUCAGAACUACGCGAAUUAGAGGAUCGGUGGAUGGACGAAGGGUCGGGUGCAAUGGGCGCUGGCGCUCUGGGUGGAGGAGGCACGACGUUUGGUGGCGGAGGCGGUGAUGAUGAGGGCGGUGGCCUUGGGACGGGGUCCCAUGGUGCCUUGGACGAUAUGCUCUGGGGUGCAGUCAUGGGGUUCUUCUGGCCGAUUGGAUGCGCAAUGUGGCUGCGGCGCGAGGAAGGUGUUUGGAGUUGGCGAAAGGGUCUGGCGGUGUUUGUUGGAGUGGUGGUUAAUAUUGGCUUUGGGGCUGCGAGGGUGAUGAAUUGA